AGGACUGCAACAGCUCACAGGGUUGUAGUGAAGGUUAAAUGUGCUAAUGUAGGGAAAGUGCUUAGCACAGAGUUGCUGCUCAACAUGAGUGUCCCUCCCUCUCAACCAGAACCCCUGUGUGGCAGCUGACUUCCCAGGGAAACAACGGAAUCCCAGCCUAAAGCAAAUAAUCUGGUACAAUGAGCAGUUAGGGUUACUGAAGACGAUGAUUAUCAUGUGAUGAGCACCUAAGCUGAACUGGACACUGUGCUGAGCACCUUCCAGCCAUUCUCUCACUCAAUGAGUCCAGGACUAGCGCGAGGCGGCUCCUGGCAUUUGGGCUGUUCCCGGCCGGCGGCAAGAGGGAGCUUGAUGCGUGCCCGGCGUGCGCAGGCCGAUGCCGCCGGCAGAAAAGAGCAAGGGACCACCGGUCCUGGCGCCCGCGGAACGCGCCCGGGGCCGGGUGUCGGGCCUGCAGUCGCCUGCGCUGUGCUGCGCCUGCGGUCUGUGCGCGCUGCUGGCUGGCGUGAACGUGACGCUGGCGGGCGCCUUCGCCUCCUUCCUGCCCAGGCACAACCCGCUGCUCGUUGUGGGACCGGGGCUGCUGAUGCUGGCGCUCGGCUUCUUCGCGGCCUGCUGCGUGUGUAGCCGCCGGGGCCCCGCGCCCGGCGCGCGCUCGGCGGCCGCGGUGGGCCCUGGUCAGGGUGGCGGCCGCGCCGGACCCGUGGCGCUGGAGAUGGAGAGCAGCGAGCGCACGGCACAGGACACCACAGCAGUGCAGCUCAGCCCUGCAGUCUCAGCCGCGUCCUCCGGCCGCUCCAGCCCCGGCCCCAGCACCCUCGCCUUGGAGGCCCCAGCGCCCGCGGCCGUCUGCGCGCUGUGCUCGGAAGGGGUCCAGCUCAACCCGCCCCGGGAGCGGGCCGCCCCCUAG